AUGAAGUCGGGCAUCAAGAGCCGGGCCGCUCCCCCGUGGGACCCCUUCCGCGUGACCCGCGACGAGGAGGGUUACACAACUUAUGCUGGGUUCGCGUUGGGUUGCGUGUGCCUGGGCUGCACGUUGCUUUUCGUGGCCUGGGGGCUGUUUCGAUUCACCCAAGACAGUUACGAGGCGAGCAACAGUUUCGAGCAGAUGGACGACGGGUACGAGUACCGGCCCAAGUUGGCGCCAGAGCUGGACCUGGUGCUGGGCACCUACAUCUCUGGCGUUCGCGUACUCCCGGAAGGCGUCUGGUCGGUGAAAGCCUAUCAGAUGUACCACGCCGUCGACGACGUCCCGGAGAACGCCGUCGUCACGUUGAUCGAGCUGCCCGUGCGGCAGACCGACAUGGUGGUAAACACCGCAAGGAUCCCCAGCUUCUUCAUACCGCCGUCCUGCACAGACGCAGAGCCCGCUCGGAUGGGCGAGCCCGUUCCGGAGGCCACGCCGUGCGACCCGGCGGUGGCCAGCUUCCCGCACCUGCAGGGAGGCUUCUUCUCGCCGGUGUACGCGUCCGUGUACCUGGAGAUCGAGCUCAACUGGGGGCGGCUGUUCGACUUUUACGCACAGAACCCCGGCGCAGCGGCCCCGUCGCGCCGGGAGCUAGAGACGAUGCUCGCAGCUGCGCAGGGCCCUCGCACGGACGAUAGUGUCAGCAGCGGCGUGGAAGCGAGGUUUCGUGCGGCAGAGCAUGCGCAUCGCCGGAGCGCUGGUAGCCUCGAUGCCAGACGCCGCGGCCUGCAGCCGGCUAGCGCGACGAGCAUCCCCCUCGCAUUUGCUCCGUUCGUCAGGACGAAGGCUGUGGACACCUCUGCGGUGAACUUCCAAAAGUCGAUGGACGACGUGCGAGGGGAGAAUGUCGGAUAUCAAGUGUACGGGCUGAAGGAGUCGCUCUCCACAAUAGUCGAAGUCUCGCUCCUCAGACGCACGAUAGAGAAGUCGUCGGCGGUCUUCGACAGUCUACCGUCGGAGUUCACGGACGACCUCGUGUGGAGCGGCGCGGCGUUCGACGUCGUCGACAAGAACGACAUCAACGUGGUUCGGCGGACCAGCAAGGAGGCCGAGAUCUCGUUCAGCCUGUUCUCUGUGUCGGACAACGUCAAACUCGAAGCCCAAAAGAGCAUCUGGGACCUGCUCGGUGACAUCGGUGGUAUCCUGUCCCUGCUGAUGCUGCUCUUCAGCCACCCGGGGCGGCUCAUCAACUUCAUCCUGAUGCGCCGCGACGCCCACCGCCUGCGCAAACUGCACGAGGCCGAGGCCGCGGGGCCGUCGUCGUCGUCGGUGUGCAACGACCUCGAGGCUGGCAAGGACGCGGCGGCCGACGUGGACCCCGCGCCCAAGACGUCGGAGGACACGACGGACACCGCGCAGCGUGACGUCGCGCAGCCGGGGGCGGCGCCCUCGGGUCCGCGCUCGCUGCGCUCGAAGCCCUCGAUGGUGUCACGGCUGCGACGUCGCGCUGUCGACGCUGCGAGGCGCCGGGCGCAGCAAAACAUGCAGCUGGCGCGACAGCUGGCGGAGGAGCUCGGUAUGAUGCGUCACAGCCGCGGAGACGAGCCAACGCCACGCGUGUAG